AUGCAUCGACAUCAGAUUUUGACUGGAGCGGCCAAUCCUAGCGAUUAUAGUUUUGCCGCAGGAAGUAUUGAGAGUAUUCAUUUUGUGGCUUAUACAGCUGGCUAUAAUAUCGUGAUUUUAUCGGGCGAUUUUCAACGCAUUCAAAUUCUCCUAUCAGGAAAUGAAAAUAACCAAUGUUUACUAACAUGUAUUGACUGUACACAUGAAUCGGGCAAAAUUGUAGUCGGUUUUGGAAAUCAAGUUUGUAUUUACGAACCAACAAUAACUUCUGAGCGAUCAUUACAUCAUCAAGUCAACUAUCGAUGGUCACUCAAAUCUACAUUAACAUGUUCGAAUGAGAAAAUAACAGCAGUUGCUUGGCAUCCGAAAGUUGAUCAAUUGAUUGUAGUAUGUGAAUCAGGUUUACAAGUUUGGUUUAAUCAAACGGAUGAAAAUGAAGGUCGAUCUAGUAAAGUUAAUUUUCAAGUCGGCGGAACUGAUACAUCUACAAAAGUAUCUGCAAAUACUGGUUCAAAAAGUUGGAAAAAUGUUUGGAGUUAUAAAUCAGCAUCACCUAUAAAACAUGUAACUUAUUCAAAUGAUGGAUGUCUAUUUGCCACUGCAUCACAAAAUGAUCGAUUAGUUAAAAUUUGGUAUCGAACUGAAGAUAAUAGUCCAAUUGUUUCAUUUACUUCGACUUAUUUACCUCAUCCACGAGCAGUCACUUAUAUAUCGUGGAGGCAAACAAGUCAAUUUUUUGCAGAGGGAACUGUUGUUAAUUGUUUACUAACAUGUUGUAAAGAUAAUAUUUGUCGAAUAUGGUGUGAAACUAUGCAACAAGAUGAAUCAGCAAUUUAUAUCAAUGAUCCAGCAAUGGCACGGACUCGAAGAAAUAAACAAAAUGAAUGUUUAAACAAAAGUAUACAAAUAUUACAUAAAUUAAGACAUAGCUAUUUUAUUCCAAUAAGCAAUCGCCCAGAUCUCUCCACGCCAACGCAAAUACCAACACCGAUUGGUGAUCCACCUGAUCCUUUCACUCCUCCAUAUAUUAUUUCAUCCAAUGGCAUGUUUAUGAAUGGUGAAGAUGGAAAUAAUACAAAUGGUCAAACAGCUCAAACACUUUCAUCUUCGUCGUCAUCAACAUCAUCAAUAACUCAAAUAAAUUCUCUAUCAUCUUCAUUACCAUCAUCAGCAACAACAUCAACAACAAAUAAAUAUAUUCGCUUUCAUUUAGCAACAACAAUCAAUCCAAGUACAGAUUCUAUACUUGCACCAACUAUUCCAACUCAUAAAGAUUAUAUGUUUAUUGUUCAAUGGUUAAAUAAUAAAGAUUUAUACAAUCUAUUUUCGAUUGAACAAUUUCUUCUUGAAACACAACGGAAAAUAAAACGGCAAACAUCUCCAAUGUCCAUUGAUACUGAGGACAGCAAUAGUAAUGAUACAGUAGUAGAUCUUACUAAUACUAAUAAUAAAAAUUCGACACCUACUGGAAGAACAUCGAUAUUAGAUGAUUCAAAAUAUUUUUUAUAUAUACGAGAUAGUUUUAAAAAAUUUAUCGACGAUUGGAAAAAUAGUCCCGAUGUUGUAUUUAGUAUUCAUCCGAUAAAUGGCAGUCUUCUAUUGUGGGUUAUCGAUUGGCUUGACCAACCAUUAACAAAUAUGGCAAAAUUUUCAGCAUCAUCACCAUCAUUAGCUAAAUAUCAUAUGUUUCAUCGACAAGUUCAUGUUAGUUUUUCAGCUAGUAUACCCGAUAUAUUUCCAUUAGGCGAUGCUUUAUCGUUACAACCACAUCUUAUUAUUUAUUGCAAUCAUUUUCUAUUUGAACAAUACUUAUCAUUGAGUCAAACGAAACAAAAACAGCAUUUACCUAUUAUUAACAUGAUUACAAAACAUACAAACGGAACGCUAAAUCUGUGGUCAUUGACAUUUCAUGAAGAGAAAAAAUUUCAAUCAUUGGUAUGUGUGACACAUACAGCACGUAUGUGUGGCCAUCAUUUUCCUAUAAGACAUAUUGUUUGUCAUCCAACUGUUCCGCUUGUAUUAACAAGUUCAUAUUAUGAUGAAAACAAUGAAUUAAAUUAUGGAAAAAAACAACGAUAUGACAACUCGUUGAUACUUUGGAGUACAGAACCGAUUGGUCCAUUGAUAAAGACAGGUGGUAUCACUGAAUUAGCUAGAAUGGAAUCGAUUCAUAGUGGUGCAUUUAAAUUAAUUGCUUGGUUUCCAUUAGUUCUGCCUUGUAUGAAUAUUAAUCUAUUACGUGAAUCGCCGAGUGUUCUAUUUUGUGCAUCAGAUGGAAAGCAGUUACGUGUUUAUCAAGUUGUAUGCAAUGCAAAAGCUUUAUUAACAAGUCAAAUUUCUACUUCAAAGUCUUAUCAAGUUGUUGGUGAUCUUGAAUCGAAUUCUAUUCGUUCAUCACCAUCAAUGGAUUUAAAUGGGCCACGAAUAAAUGUUGUUAGUAAUCAAUCAACAGCACGGCCGAGUUGUGUUUUAAGUCUGGCUGAACUUUCUGAUUCAAAAUGUAUUUGGACAGAUGCUGAACUGAUACAUAUUUUUCCUGCAAAUGCAAUCGAUGAUCGUAGUGAACAAACAUCAGCAUGCAAAAUAUAUUAUCUUGUACUCGUGGAAAAAUCCAAUAAGGAUAAUAAUAGUCAAAGUUGUAUUCAUAUGUGGAAAAUAAUUAUAACAUAUCCAGAUGAUGAUUGCGAAUCUAUUAGUAUGAAUAAUUUUAAUAAUGAUAAUGAAUGGCUAGUACAAGUUCAAAGUUCUAAGGUUAGUACAUAUGUUUUCCCAUUGGAUUUCAAUGCUGAACUUCAAUCUGUGGAUGUCGCAUUCGGUCAUUUAAGUUCCAGUACACUUUGUUAUUCCGAUGCAUCAUCGUCACCUCCGUAUCUUUUAUCUACAGCACAUUCCGACGGGAUAAUACGCUUUUGGACUUGUAAACAUCAGUCAUCGAAUACCUAUGAAUGGUCUGAAUGGUGUGGAAUAACACUUGAUGAACAAAUAAAUUCUCGUUUGAAAACAUCCGGACAAGCAUUAGCCAUCAGUAAUGCGUAUUGUGGUCGAUUAGCUGUUGCUUUCUAUGAUAAACAAAUUCAAAUAGGAAUUUAUGAAUGUGAAUCAACAGGCGGCACAUCAUUUAAUUGCGAAACAAUAAUACCAAUAAACGAAGUGGUGGGUCAAACAAAUUUAUUACAUGUACAUUUCGAUUGGGCAUCCAUUGAAAAUGGUGCACAUUUAUUAGCAACAUCUAUCGGAACACGCUAUGUUUUUAUCUAUUCAUAUACUCAGGUAUCACAGUGGACAAAAUUACGUACAAUUGAAUUAUCAUCGAUUAAUAAAACUGCUAUCGUUUGUUCAAAUUUAAGUUUAAAAUGGGUACGUGGUGGCCUUCUAUUAAUUGGUAUUAAUAGUGAAUUACAAGUUUAUUCUCAAUGGUCGUCAUUAAAACGGCAAGCACAUACAGUUAAAUCAGAACCAUUGAUUAAACAAAAACGUCGCAUAAAUACAUCGAGUAAUUUACGAAAAAUUGCAACCAAUGCGGAUUUUAAUUCAACAAAUUCGAAUAAUAAAACUGAAACACAACCAUCAUGGUUAACAUUAGAUUCCAUUGAUGAACUUAGUUUGUUUCAUGCAGCUAGAAAUGCUGCACCAGUUCUACCGCAAUACCAUCCAACAUUAUUAUUAGAAUUAGUUCGUUUUGGAAAAUAUCGUCGUGUCAAAGCUAUACUUGCGCAUCUAACACGUUGUAUCGUCAGUACAGUACACAGUGUUGAAGGAAAAGUUGAAAUGAAAUUAAUGCGUAGUAGAACAUUUUCAAUAGCGAAUAGUGAUUAUAAUGAACCAUCGAUUGCCGAAGUUGAUCACGUUAAAUAUGUUGAAAUUGAUAGUGUACCAUUGUUACCAUUAUUUGCUUUAUUUAAUGCUGAUCAUGAAAUCAUAAAAAAUAUUGAUCAUGCUCAUUCACAAGACAAUAAUCAUAAAGAUGACGAUAUGAAUGGUAAAGAUAAAUAUGAAGAUUUGUUUACAUCAACAGCACCAGAUGGAAAUAGAGAUGUAGAAUUUAAAUUCGAUGAAGAUCAUAUCCAGGAUGCUGAAAGAAAAAAGCAAGUUGAACUCAAUAAAUUUCGACGAGAAUUAUUAUCAAAUCGAAAUUGGUCACCGAUAUUUGAUUCUCGAAUGGUCGAUUUACUUGUUGAUUAUUUUCAACGUGUUCGUCUAUCCAAUUUAACAAGCCUCGAUCAAAUGUAUUUACUUGCAUUAGCUGAUACAUUAGCUAAUGCAAGUAAUGAUUCAUUAUCAGCUCAAACAUAUUCAGGAGAAAAACCUGCAAAUACAAUGGAUGAUUGCGGUUUAAGGUUUUUAAUUGAUGUUCAACGUUAUAUUUAUUUAUCGCGGAUGGUCACACCACCGAAUCUACAAGGAAAUACACCAUUGAAACAUAUCAUAACAAGCGCAUCGUAUGCGUGGGCAUUUCAUUCCGAUUUACAAGAAGAUUUACUUGGUAUGAUUCCAUGUAUGGUAAAAAAUAAACCAUUAUGGAGCGAAUUAAAAUUAUUUGGUGUUGGCUGGUGGAUUCGAAAUAAAAGCAUUAUAACAAAACUUUUCGAAAGGCUUGGUAAAUCUUCGUUUGAAGAAAAUAACAAUCCGCUCGACAGUGCCUUAUAUUUUCUUGCAUUGAAAAAGAAAAGUUUACUCUACAAUCUAUACAAACAUGUUCAAGAUGCUAAAAUGCAAGAUUUCUUUAAAAAUGAUUUUACUGAAGCACGUUGGAUAAGAGCUGCACAAAAUAAUGCAUUUGCAUUACUUGGUAAACAUCGUUUUGAGCAUGCUGCAGCAUUUUUUCUUCUCGCUGGAAAAGUCCGUGACGCUGUGGAAGUUAUUAUCAAUAAUUUAAAUGAUAUUCAAUUAGCUCUAUUAGUUGCUCGACUUUGCGAUAAUGAUGAACAACAUUUAGUGACUAAUAUUCUUAAUAAAGAAAUUUUAAACAAACCGCAUAAUGAUCCGUUUUAUCGUAGCAUGGCGUAUUGGCUGUUAAAAGAUUAUGAACACGCAUUAAAUACGUUGCUUCAUAAUGAUAAAUUUGAACAUCCACAAUCGAUAUUUAUUUUUUAUGAUUAUUUAAAACAACAUCCACUUGCCUUACGAGCUAAACAAUUAUCACAUGAAAAUUCUGAUAACACCUCAAAGAAUUUUUCAAUCGAACGUCGAGCACAUUUUCAAACAGCGUAUUAUUAUUUAAAAACAGGUUGUCCUCUAUUAGCAUUAGAAAUUCUUGCUAAAUUACCAGCAUAUAUUAUCCUAUCGAAUGAGACAAAACCGUCUACAACAGAACAAUCAACGAAUGAUACAAAACCGAAACAAGAAGAAAUAAUUGAUUGGAGUCAACCGGUAGCAAAAGUGGAUAACGAUGAGCUUGAACUUGACUGGGGUGAUGACGAAGAAGAAAAAGAAAAAGAAAACCCAGCGGCGAAAGAGCCAAAACCUAUUGAAGAACCAGUUAAACAAGGCACAACACCACCCCUUGAAGAUAAAUCAGUAAAACAGCAAUUCGAUACUAUUGGACAAUAUAUGAAAUUAAUUUGUUGCUUAAAGAUUAUUGUCGAAGAAAUGGCAACAUUAGCAACAGGUUUUGAAGUAGCUGGUGGACAGCUUAGACAUCAUUUGGCUUGUUGGCUCGAACAAGAAAUAGGUGUCAUUCGUCAAUUCUGCAAUUUAAAUACAUCAAAUAAUUCUGAUCAAGAUGAUACAGAUAAUGUUCUUGAUAAUUUGGAUGAGCCCAUUUUAUCUGAUAUCAACGAUGAUCCAACGCUUUCUUCGAAUGCAUCGCCAAAUGCUAAUUCAUCUGCAGCAUCAUUUACCCGUAUGAACACUUUUCAAACGAAAAUGAAACGUUUAUUGCGGCGUCGUCAUUGGCUUCAAUCGAAUGAACAUCUUCUUCGUACAUUAGUAUCAUUUACUAGUUUGCAUGGCAUGCAUGGCGGUGGUUUAGCAUCAGUUAGAAUGGAAUUGUUAUUGCUUAUGCACGAACUCUAUCGUGAUCGUCGUACACAAUUAAAAAAUCCUAUACCAUUUCCAACGCAAGUACCCUUAUUAAUUGCUAAUCUGUCGGGUACAUUGAGUGUAAGUAAUAGUGCAAUCACUUAUAUACGUGAUUUAAGUCAAGAUUUAUUACGCACAAUGAAUAAAUGGUUCACAUUACCUAACUUAACUGAUCACAGUAUACAAAUUGUUGCCAUACGAGAUUUAUCAAUAGCAUUGGCGAGUUGUGUUUAUCAAUCACUUUGUAGUACAAAUGAAAAUCAAACAAGUGAACGUAUUGCUGUUGAAUCAUUUUUAAAAUCAUAUCUUUACCGAAGAGAUUCAAUUCGAAUGCAUAGACGUCAAAGUGUAUCAGCAUUAAUCGAACGAGAAUCACCAACAACUGCACCAAAAGAUUGGCCCGGUAUCAAAAUAUUUGGAACUUCAGCAAAAGAUCAAGAUAAUAAUUUCUCAAAUUUAAAAAUUCUACUCGUUGAAAUAUUGGUGUCAGUUUACAUGUCCUUAUUAGUCUAUGCAUUAUCCACUGAUGAUUGCAAUACAUUAUAUCGAUUGCUUGUACGAAAAUGGUCAACACCCGAAACAGCAGUUAAAUUAUGGUACGGAGUUUUUGGUGGCGGAGCAAAAAAACCUAAACCGAAUCCACCAACUCAAAAUUUACCAAUAUCAUUAAGUCCCGGCAAUGACAUAUCGAUGGGAUCAUCAGUAGAUCGACUUUCAUCGGGAAGUUCACUCGCAAGAAAACUCAUUACACCAAAUAAUCAAACACAACACCCACAACAACCAUCUUAUAUAGAAGUUUUUAUUCCUCCGCGUGCUAGUAUUGUCAAUUAUUUUAUGGCAAAAGUUUCAUCAAGUAUAGAAAUCGAUACCAAUGAUGAAGGAGACAUAAGUGAUACCGACGACGACGAUGGUGAAGAUGAGGAUGACGAUGAUGACGGAGAUAAUUCUACUUCUACGAAAACUGAUAGUGCCCUCGCGUCGAAAAAGAAACUACGUAAAAUUCAAGAACGAGAACAUACCGAUUCAAUGUCCUAUUCAUGGAUUCUUAUGCGUUAUACAAUUGUUCGACUUGUUUAUAAACGUCUGUGGGCAUUUUUUCCUCAUAUUGGUAUUGAAAAGAGUGAAAUUCCAAGUGUUUCACCUCUUAUUCAACAAUUAUUACAGAAUUUAAGUAUUUGGCAAGAUUCACUUCGACGUACAUUGGAAACAUUCAAUGUUCCCCCAGAUAACUAUUUACCAUUGAGUGGAUUAAAUGCUAACGAUGAACAAUCAACUGGCUUAGCUAUACAUCGAUAUCGAACAAUACUCGAUCCGAAAAAUACUCCAUUUUCAAAAUCUGCAUCAGCUUUACCAGCAAAACGUCUUUGGACAUAUUUAGUUAAUGAUGAACAAUCACAAGGAAUAUUUAUUAAAUAUAUAUUCAAACGAAAAACGCCAACACCAUCAGAUCACCCAUUGAAUAAAGUAAUUAAUAAAUCGGAAAGUCGUGCGAACACGGAAGGUGCAUCAGACAGUUCAUCAUCAAUGGCAACACUAUCGAAUUCAAAACUUAUCUAUCGAGAUUCGGAACCAAUUUAUUCAUUUUGUCUGAAUAGUAUAAAUCCAACUUUAUUGGCGGCAGGUUUAUCUCGUGAAGUAAUUGAAUUGGAUAUAUCAAGUAUAACAUCGACAAAUGAACCAUAUGAAACAUCCGAUGAUGAAAAUGAUGUAUCACCAAGCUUACUGCCUCAAGUAGCAGCGAUGGUCAAUCGGGAGACAAUUAGUAAUAGAGUAACAACUCUCCGAAUGCCAACUAUGGGCGCUUAUGUACCAAAUAUGUAUUUAACUCAAUCAAGUGUACCAGGUGUGAAUGGGAAUGCGUCAAAUAAUGAUAAUCAAACUGUUCUUAAUAACAGACAUGUUAUUCGAGAAAGCCGAAAAUUUGCUAAUCACCCACAUUUACCACAUUAUCUUACCGGAUGUUCUGAUGGCAGUGUUUUCUUACUUAAUUGGUCUCUUGAUUCAUCGCCUAGGCAACUGCGUGAACCAAAUAAACGAGUUACUAAAAUUGAAUUGAGUAGCGAAGGAAACAAGUUCGGUGUGACAGACAUUGAAGGAAACUUAUCAUUACAUGUUUUAUCAAGUAAUCGAUCAACAGCCUAUAUGCGUUUAUCAACUCAUACAAAAAGUACAAAUGAUUUUGUUUUUCUUGACUCUUCUACAUUAUUAGCAACAUGUGGUUUAUCUACUGAUCAUCAAAAUGUCGCUAUUUGGGAUACAUUAAUGCCAACAUCACGAGCCAAUAUAACUUCAUUUUCAUGCCAUGAUACUGGUGGUGGUGGUCAAUGUUUAGCUUAUUCACAAUCCCAUCAAUUGUUAGUAUCUGGUGGUAAACGUGGUGACAUAUGUAUAUUUGAUCUAAGACAACGAAAACGUUUAGCAAUGAGUCAAGCGCAUGAUUCGCAAUUAAAAGCACUUUGUUUAGAUCCAUUAGAAAAAUUUUAUGUAACCGGAUCAACAGAAGGCAACAUUAAAGUUUGGCGUUUACAUGGUUGCGAGAUGGUUCAAUGUUUUUAUAAUGAACAUUCUCGACGAGGCUUUUUACAUUCACAAACAAGCGGUGUCAAUCAUUUGCAUUUAACUGCCAGUCGUCAUUUAUUUUCAUCUGGAUCUGAUGGAACUCUAAGUGUUCGACAAUUAACACAAAUUGAUUAG